GGAGCCAUUACCGUGAUGGCCGUAAGCAACAUUUCCAUCUCCUUGAGCUUAGGGAGACCCGUGGACAUGGGGGUCACCCAGUACAACUUCAGCAUCAUGUACAGGACUGCCAGCAGUUCUGAUGUUUCCUUCAAUGAAAUUACAAAUUCCACCAAAAUCCAAGAUCUGCAGUCUGGGACCAAUUACACCAUUUCUGUGACCACUGUUGUUCAAGGUGGAAUGAAGAGUGAAGCUGUGGUUCUAAAUCAGUUUACAAAACCGAAUCCUGUGAACAAUGCCAUUGCUUCAAGUCGCAACACCACUUCAGUUACUCUGAGUUGGGACAAACCGCUUGACUCCAAGCCUGAGUAUACCUAUAAGGUGACACUGAGUGGACAUCUCCCAAUUAUGAUAACUGGUACUGAAUUCGUUACUGUGGCACAACUAAAUCCUGGAACUGGAUACACAUUCAGUGUGUUCACACUGGCGGCAGAUAAUACAUCAGCAGAUCCAGUCUAUGUCUCUUCUACUACAGGUAAAGACACCAAUUGUUUUAAUAGGAGUUUCUCUCUGACCAAGGUAGACUGCUUAAUCUGCAGCAAAUCAUAUAAUCAUGUCUUCAUAUAUGUACUGACAUGCGUUCUCCAACCAUCAUUAUCCAAUUACUUGCUUCUGACAGUUCCUUCAAAGCCUGGAGCCAUUACCGUGAUGGCCGUAAGCAACAUUUCCAUCUCCUUGAGCUUAGGGAGACCCGUGGACAUGGGGGUCACCCAGUACAACUUCAGCAUCAUGUACAGGACUGCCAGCAGUUCUGAUGUUUCCUUCAAUGAAAUUACAAAUUCCACCAAAAUCCAAGAUCUGCAGUCUGGGACCAAUUACACCAUUUCUGUGACCACUGUUGUUCAAGGUGGAAUGAAGAGUGAAGCUGUGGUUCUAAAUCAGUUUACAAAACCGAAUCCUGUGAACAAUGCCAUUGCUUCAAGUCGCAACACCACUUCAGUUACUCUGAGUUGGGACAAACCGCUUGACUCCAAGCCUGAGUAUACCUAUAAGGUGACACUGAGUGGACAUCUCCCAAUUAUGAUAACUGGUACUGAAUUCGUUACUGUGGCACAACUAAAUCCUGGAACUGGAUACACAUUCAGUGUGUUCACACUGGCGGCAGAUAAUACAUCAGCAGAUCCAGUCUAUGUCUCUUCUACUACAGUUCCUUCAAAGCCUGGAGCCAUUACCGUGAUGGCCGUAAGCAACAUUUCCAUCUCCUUGAGCUUAGGGAGACCCGUGGACAUGGGGGUCACCCAGUACAACUUCAGCAUCAUGUACAGGACUGCCAGCAGUUCUGAUGUUUCCUUCAAUGAAAUUACAAAUUCCACCAAAAUCCAAGAUCUGCAGUCUGGGACCAAUUACACCAUUUCUGUGACCACUGUUGUUCAAGGUGGAAUGAAGAGUGAAGCUGUGGUUCUAAAUCAGUUUACAAGUAAGUGUGAAGCAUUUUCUCUUGUGUGCAAUGGUGCAGACCACCGUCCAGAAGCAAGAAAAAAAGAAUCUCGUUCCAGCUUGAGGUGUUUCACUGUUGUUCACGGUGGAGUGAAGAGUGAAGCUGUGCUUCUAAAUCAGUUUACAAAACCGAAUCCUGUGAACAAUGCCAUUGCUUCAAGUCGCAACACCACUUCAGUUACUCUAAGUUGGGACAAACCGCUUGACUCCAAGCCUGAGUAUACCUAUAAGGUGACACUGAGUGGACAUCUCCCAAUUAUGAUAACUGGUACUGAAUUCGUUACUGUGGCACAACUAAAUCCUGGAACUGGAUACACAUUCAGUGUGUUCACACUGGCGGCAGAUAAUACAUCAGCAGAUCCAGUCUAUGUCUCUUCUACUACAGUUCCUUCAAAGCCUGGAGCCAUUACCGUGAUGGCCGUAAGCAACAUUUCCAUCUCCUUGAGCUUAGGGAGACCCGUGGACAUGGGGGUCACCCAGUACAACUUCAGCAUCAUGUACAGGACUGCCAGCAGUUCUGAUGUUUCCUUCAAUGAAAUUACAAAUUCCACCAAAAUCCAAGAUCUGCAGUCUGGGACCAAUUACACCAUUUCUGUGACCACUGUUGUUCAAGGUGGAAUGAAGAGUGAAGCUGUGGUUCUAAAUCAGUUUACAAAACCGAAUCCUGUGAACAAUGCCAUUGCUUCAAGUCGCAACACCACUUCAGUUACUCUGAGUUGGGACAAACCGCUUGACUCCAAGCCUGAGUAUACCUAUAAGGUGACACUGAGUGGACAUCUCCCAAUUAUGAUAACUGGUACUGAAUUCGUUACUGUGGCACAGCUAAAUCCUGGAACUGGAUACACAUUCAGUGUGUUCACACUGGCGGCAGAUAAUACAUCAGCAGAUCCAGUCUAUGUCUCUUCUACUACAGUUCCUUCAAAGCCUGGAGCCAUUACCGUGAUGGCCGUAAGCAACAUUUCCAUCUCCUUGAGCUUAGGGAGACCCGUGGACAUGGGGGUCACCCAGUACAACUUCAGCAUCAUGUACAGGACUGCCAGCAGUUCUGAUGUUUCCUUCAAUGAAAUUACAAAUUCCACCAAAAUCCAAGAUCUGCAGUCUGGGACCAAUUACACCAUUUCUGUGACCACUGUUGUUCAAGGUGGAAUGAAGAGUGAAGCUGUGGUUCUAAAUCAGUUUACAAAACCGAAUCCUGUGAACAAUGCCAUUGCUUCAAGUCGCAACACCACUUCAGUUACUCUGAGUUGGGACAAACCGCUUGACUCCAAGCCUGAGUAUACCUAUAAGGUGACACUGAGUGGACAUCUCCCAAUUAUGAUAACUGGUACUGAAUUCGUUACUGUGGCACAACUAAAUCCUGGAACUGGAUACACAUUCAGUGUGUUCACACUGGCGGCAGAUAAUACAUCAGCAGAUCCAGUCUAUGUCUCUUCUACUACAGGUAAAGACACCAAUUGUUUUAAUAGGAGUUUCUCUCUGACCAAGGUAGACUGCUUAAUCUGCAGCAAAUCAUAUAAUCAUGUCUUCAUAUAUGUACUGACAUGCGUUCUCCAACCAUCAUUAUCCAAUUACUUGCUUCUCACAGUUCCUUCAAAGCCUGGAGCCAUUACCGUGAUGGCCGUAAGCAACAUUUCCAUCUCCUUGAGCUUAGGGAGACCCGUGGACAUGGGGGUCACCCAGUACAACUUCAGCAUCAUGUACAGGACUGCCAGCAGUUCUGAUGUUUCCUUCAAUGAAAUUACAAAUUCCACCAAAAUCCAAGAUCUGCAGUCUGGGACCAAUUACACCAUUUCUGUGACCACUGUUGUUCAAGGUGGAAUGAAGAGUGAAGCUGUGGUUCUAAAUCAGUUUACAAAACCGAAUCCUGUGAACAAUGCCAUUGCUUCAAGUCGCAACACCACUUCAGUUACUCUGAGUUGGGACAAACCGCUUGACUCCAAGCCUGAGUAUACCUAUAAGGUGACACUGAGUGGACAUCUCCCAAUUAUGAUAACUGGUACUGAAUUCGUUACUGUGGCACAACUAAAUCCUGGAACUGGAUACACAUUCAGUGUGUUCACACUGGCGGCAGAUAAUACAUCAGCAGAUCCAGUCUAUGUCUCUUCUACUACAGGUAAAGACACCAAUUGUUUUAAUAGGAGUUUCUCUCUGACCAAGGUAGACUGCUUAAUCUGCAGCAAAUCAUAUAAUCAUGUCUUCAUAUAUGUACUGACAUGCGUUCUCCAACCAUCAUUAUCCAAUUACUUGCUUCUGACAGUUCCUUCAAAGCCUGGAGCCAUUACCGUGAUGGCCGUAAGCAACAUUUCCAUCUCCUUGAGCUUAGGGAGACCCGUGGACAUGGGGGUCACCCAGUACAACUUCAGCAUCAUGUACAGGACUGCCAGCAGUUCUGAUGUUUCCUUCAAUGAAAUUACAAAUUCCACCAAAAUCCAAGAUCUGCAGUCUGGGACCAAUUACACCAUUUCUGUGACCACUGUUGUUCAAGGUGGAAUGAAGAGUGAAGCUGUGGUUCUAAAUCAGUUUACAAAACCGAAUCCUGUGAACAAUGCCAUUGCUUCAAGUCGCAACACCACUUCAGUUACUCUGAGUUGGGACAAACCGCUUGACUCCAAGCCUGAGUAUACCUAUAAGGUGACACUGAGUGGACAUCUCCCAAUUAUGAUAACUGGUACUGAAUUCGUUACUGUGGCACAACUAAAUCCUGGAACUGGAUACACAUUCAGUGUGUUCACACUGGCGGCAGAUAAUACAUCAGCAGAUCCAGUCUAUGUCUCUUCUACUACAGGUAAAGACACCAAUUGUUUUAAUAGGAGUUUCUCUCUGACCAAGGUAGACUGCUUAAUCUGCAGCAAAUCAUAUAAUCAUGUCUUCAUAUAUGUACUGACAUGCGUUCUCCAACCAUCAUUAUCCAAUUACUUGCUUCUGACAGUUCCUUCAAAGCCUGGAGCCAUUACCGUGAUGGCCGUAAGCAACAUUUCCAUCUCCUUGAGCUUAGGGAGACCCGUGGACAUGGGGGUCACCCAGUACAACUUCAGCAUCAUAUACGGGUCUGCCAGCAGUUCUGAUGUUUCCUUCAAUGAAAUUACAAAUUCCACCAAAAUCCAAGAUCUGCAGUCUGGAACCAAUUACACCAUUUCUGUGACCACUGUUGUUCAAGGUGGAGUGAAGAGUGAAGCUGUGGUUCUAAAUCAGUUUACAAAACCGAAUCCUGUGAACAAUGCCAUUGCUUCAAGUCGCAACACCACUUCAGUUACUCUGAGUUGGGACAAACCGCUUGACUCCAAGCCUGAGUAUACCUAUAAGGUGACACUGAGUGGACAUCUCCCAAUUAUGAUAACUGGUACUGAAUUCGUUACUGUGGCACAACUAAAUCCUGGAACUGGAUACACAUUCAGUGUGUUCACACUGGCGGCAGAUAAUACAUCAGCAGAUCCAGUCUAUGUCUCUUCUACUACAGGUAAAGACACCAAUUGUUUUAAUAGGAGUUUCUCUCUGACCAAGGUAGACUGCUUAAUCUGCAGCAAAUCAUAUAAUCAUGUCUUCAUAUACUUAGGGAGACCCGUGGACAUGGGGGUCACCCAGUACAACUUCAGCAUCAUGUACGGGACUGCCAGCCGUUCUGAUGUUUCCUUCAUUGAAAUUACAAAUUCCACCAAAAUCCAAGAUCUGCAGUCUGGAACCAAUUACACCAUUUCUGUGACCACUGUUGUUCAAGGUGGAGUGAAGAGUGAAGCUGUGGUUCUAAAUCAGUUUACAAAACCGAAUCCUGUGAACAAUGCCAUUGCUUCAAGUCGCAACACCACUUCAGUUACUCUGAGUUGGGACAAACCGCUCGACUCCAAGCCUGAGUAUACCUAUAAGGUGACACUGAGUGGACAUCUCCCAAUUAUGAUAACUGGUACUGAAUUCGUUACUGUGGCACAACUAAAUCCUGGAACUGGAUACACAUUCAGUGUGUUCACACUGGCGGCAGAUAAUACAUCAGCAGAUCCAGUCUAUGUCUCUUCUACUACAGUUCCUUCCAAGCCUGGAGCCAUUGCCGUGAUGGCCUUAAGCAACAUUUCCAUCUCCUUGAGCUUAGGGAGACCCGUGGACAUGGGGGUCACCCAGUACAACUUCAGCAUCAUGUACGGGACUGCCAGCCGUUCUGAUGUUUCCUUCAUUGAAAUUACAAAUUCCACCAAAAUCCAAGAUCUGCAGUCUGGAACCAAUUACACCAUUUCUGUGACCACUGUUGUUCAAGGUGGAGUGAAGAGUGAAGCUGUGGUUCUAAAUCAGUUUACAAGUAAGUGUGAAGCAUUUUCCCUUGUGUGCAAUGGUGCAGACCACCGUCCAGAAGCAAGAAAAAAAGAAUCUCGUUCCAGCUUCAGAUCAUUGGAUUUGGAACCGAAUCCUGUGAACAAUGCCAUUGCUUCAAGUCGCAACACCACUUCAGUUACUCUGAGUUGGGACAAACCGCUCGACUCCAAGCCUGAGUAUACCUAUAAGGUGACACUGAGUGGACAUCUCCCAAUUAUGAUAACUGGUACUGAAUUCGUUACUGUGGCACAACUAAAUCCUGGAACUGGAUACACAUUCAGUGUGUUCACACUGGCGGCAGAUAAUACAUCAGCAGAUCCAGUCUAUGUCUCUUCUACUACAGUUCCUUCAAAGCCUGGAGCCAUUACCGUGAUGGCCGUAAGCAACAUUUCCAUCUCCUUGAGCUUAGGGAGACCUGUGGACAUGGGGGUCACCCAGUACAACUUCAGCAUCAUGUACGGGACUGCCAGCCGUUCUGAUGUUUCCUUCAAUGAAAUUACAAAUUCCACCAAAAUCCAAGAUCUGCAGUCUGGAACCAAUUACACCAUUUCUGUGACCACUGUUGUUCAAGGUGGAUUGAAGAGUGAAGCUGUGGUUCUAAAUCAGUUUACAAAACCGAAUCCUGUGAACAAUGCCAUUGCUUCAAGUCGCAACACCACUUCAGUUACUCUGAGUUGGGACAAACCGCUUGACUCCAAGCCUGAGUAUACCUAUAAGGUGACACUGAGUGGACAUCUCCCAAUUAUGAUAACUGGUACUGAAUUCGUUACUGUGGCACAACUAAAUCCUGGAACUGGAUACACAUUCAGUGUGUUCACACUGGCGGCAGAUAAUACAUCAGCAGAUCCAGUCUAUGUCUCUUCUACUACAGUUCCUUCAAAGCCUGGAGCCAUUACCGUGAUGGCCGUAAGCAACAUUUCCAUCUCCUUGAGCUUAGGGAGACCUGUGGACAUGGGGGUCACCCAGUACAACUUCAGCAUCAUGUACGGGACUGCCAGCCGUUCUGAUGUUUCCUUCAAUGAAAUUACAAAUUCCACCAAAAUCCAAGAUCUGCAGUCUGGAACCAAUUACACCAUUUCUGUGACCACUGUUGUUCAAGGUGGAGUGAAGAGUGAAGCUGUGGUUCUAAAUCAGUUUACAAAACCGAAUCCUGUGAACAAUGCCAUUGCUUCAAGUCGCAACACCACUUCAGUUACUCUGAGUUGGGACAAACCGCUUGACUCCAAGCCUGAGUAUACCUAUAAGGUGACACUGAGUGGACAUCUCCCAAUUAUGAUAACUGGUACUGAAUUCGUUACUGUGGCACAACUAAAUCCUGGAACUGGAUACACAUUCAGUGUGUUCACACUGGCGGCAGAUAAUACAUCAGCAGAUCCAGUCUAUGUCUCUUCUACUACAGGUAAAGACACCAAUUGUUUUAAUAGGAGUUUCUCUCUGACCAAGGUAGACUGCUUAAUCUGCAGCAAAUCAUAUAAUCAUGUCUUCAUAUACAUGAAGCAGAAUGAGAUUGGUGUUAUCCUCAACAUCUCAUUAAUAAUUGCAGAACCGAAUCCUGUGAACAAUGCCAUUGCUUCAAGUCGCAACACCACUUCAGUUACUCUGAGUUGGGACAAACCGCUUGACUCCAAGCCUGAGUAUACCUAUAAGGUGACACUGAGUGGACAUCUCCCAAUUAUGAUAACUGGUACUGAAUUCGUUACUGUGGCACAACUAAAUCCUGGAACUGGAUACACAUUCAGUGUGUUCACACUGGCGGCAGAUAAUACAUCAGCAGAUCCAGUCUAUGUCUCUUCUACUACAGUUCCUUCCAAGCCUGGAGCCAUUGCCGUGAUGGCCUUAAGCAACAUUUCCAUCUCCUUGAGCUUAGGGAGACCUGUGGACAUGGGGGUCACCCAGUACAACUUCAGCAUCAUGUACGGGACUGCCAGCCAUUCUGAUGUUUCCUUCAAUGAAAUUACAAAUUCCACCAAAAUCCAAGAUCUGCAGUCUGGAACCAAUUACACCAUUUCUGUGACCACUGUUGUUCAAGGUGGAUUGAAGAGUGAAGCUGUGGUUCUAAAUCAGUUUACAAGUAAGUGUGAAGCAUUUUCCCUUGUGUGCAAUGGUGCAGACCACCGUCCAGAAGCAAGAAAAAAAGAAUCUCGUUCCAGCUUCAGAUCAUUGGAUUUGGAACCGAAUCCUGUGAACAAUGCCAUUGCUUCAAGUCGCAACACCACUUCAGUUACUCUGAGUUGGGACAAACCGCUCGACUCCAAGCCUGAGUAUACCUAUAAGGUGACACUGAGUGGACAUCUCCCAAUUAUGAUAACUGGUACUGAAUUCGUUACUGUGGCACAACUAAAUCCUGGAACUGGAUACACAUUCAGUGUGUUCACACUGGCGGCAGAUAAUACAUCAGCAGAUCCAGUCUAUGUCUCUUCUACUACAGUUCCUUCAAAGCCUGGAGCCAUUACCGUGAUGGCCGUAAGCAACAUUUCCAUCUCCUUGAGCUUAGGGAGACCCGUGGACAUGGGGGUCACCCAGUACAACUUCAGCAUCAUGUACGGGACUGCCAGCCGUUCUGAUGUUUCCUUCAAUGAAAUUACAAAUUCCACCAAAAUCCAAGAUCUGCAGUCUGGAACCAAUUACACCAUUUCUGUGACCACUGUUGUUCAAGGUGGAUUGAAGAGUGAAGCUGUGGUUCUAAAUCAGUUUACAAAACCGAAUCCUGUGAACAAUGCCAUUGCUUCAAGUCGCAACACCACUUCAGUUACUCUGAGUUGGGACAAACCGCUCGACUCCAAGCCUGAGUAUACCUAUAAGGUGACACUGAGUGGACAUCUCCCAAUUAUGAUAACUGGUACUGAAUUCGUUACUGUGGCACAACUAAAUCCUGGAACUGGAUACACAUUCGGUGUGUUCACACUGGCGGCAGAUAAUACAUCAGCAGAUCCAGUCUAUGUCUCUUCUACUACAGUAGAAGACAAAUUAGCUAGUUGUGGACUCAACAAUGUGUGCGUUCUCCAACUAUCAUUAUCCAAUUACUUGCUUCUGACAGUUCCUUCAAAGCCUGGAGCCAUUACCGUGAUGGCCGUAAGCAACAUUUCCAUCUCCUUGAGCUUAGGGAGACCCGUGGACAUGGGGGUCACCCAGUACAACUUCAGCAUCAUGUACGGGACUGCCAGCCGUUCUGAUGUUUCCUUCAAUGAAAUUACAAAUUCCACCAAAAUCCAAGAUCUGCAGUCUGGAACCAAUUACACCAUUUCUGUGACCACUGUUGUUCAAGGUGGAUUGAAGAGUGAAGCUGUGGUUCUAAAUCAGUUUACAAAACCGAAUCCUGUGAACAAUGCCAUUGCUUCAAGUCGCAACACCACUUCAGUUACUCUGAGUUGGGACAAACCGCUUGACUCCAAGCCUGAGUAUACCUAUAAGGUGACACUGAGUGGACAUCUCCCAAUUAUGAUAACUGGUACUGAAUUCGUUACUGUGGCACAACUAAAUCCUGGAACUGGAUACACAUUCAGUGUGUUCACACUGGCGGCAGAUAAUACAUCAGCAGAUCCAGUCUAUGUCUCUUCUACUACAGGUAAAGACACCAAUUGUUUUAAUAGGAGUUUCUCUCUGACCAAGGUAGACUGCUUAAUCUGCAGCAAAUCAUAUAAUCAUGUCUUCAUAUAUGUACUGACAUGCGUUCUCCAACUAUCAUUAUCCAAUUACUUGCUUCUGACAGUUCCUUCAAAGCCUGGAGCCAUUACCGUGAUGGCCGUAAGCAACAUUUCCAUCUCCUUGAGCUUAGGGAGACCCGUGGACAUGGGGGUCACCCAGUACAACUUCAGCAUCAUGUACGGGACUGCCAGCCGUUCUGAUGUUUCCUUUAAUGAAAUUACAAAUUCCACCAAAAUCCAAGAUCUGCAGUCUGGAACCAAUUACACCAUUUCUGUGACCACUGUUGUUCAAGGUGGAUUGAAGAGUGAAGCUGUGGUUCUAAAUCAGUUUACAAAACCGAAUCCUGUGAACAAUGCCAUUGCUUCAAGUCGCAACACCACUUCAGUUACUCUGAGUUGGGACAAACCGCUUGACUCCAAGCCUGAGUAUACCUAUAAGGUGACACUGAGUGGACAUCUCCCAAUUAUGAUAACUGGUACUGAAUUCGUUACUGUGGCACAACUAAAUCCUGGAACUGGAUACACAUUCAGUGUGUUCACACUGGCGGCAGAUAAUACAUCAGCAGAUCCAGUCUAUGUCUCUUCUACUACAGGUAAAGACACCAAUUGUUUUAAUAGGAGUUUCUCUCUGACCAAGGUAGACUGCUUAAUCUGCAGCAAAUCAUAUAAUCAUGUCUUCAUAUAUGUACUGACAUGCGUUCUCCAACUAUCAUUAUCCAAUUACUUGCUUCUGACAGUUCCUUCAAAGCCUGGAGCCAUUACCGUGAUGGCCGUAAGCAACAUUUCCAUCUCCUUGAGCUUAGGGAGACCCGUGGACAUGGGGGUCACCCAGUACAACUUCAGCAUCAUGUACGGGACUGCCAGCCGUUCUGAUGUUUCCUUCAAUGAAAUUACAAAUUCCACCAAAAUCCAAGAUCUGCAGUCUGGAACCAAUUACACCAUUUCUGUGACCACUGUUGUUCAAGGUGGAUUGAAGAGUGAAGCUGUGGUUCUAAAUCAGUUUACAAGUAAGUGUGAAGCAUUUUCCCUUGUGUGCAAUGGUGCAGACCACCGUCCAGAAGCAAGAAAAAAAGAAUCUCGUUCCAGCUUCAGAUCAUUGGAUUUGGAACCGAAUCCUGUGAACAAUGCCAUUGCUUCAAGUCGCAACACCACUUCAGUUACUCUGAGUUGGGAAAAACCGCUCGACUCCAAGCCUGAGUAUACCUAUAAGGUGACACUGAGUGGACAUCUCCCAAUUAUGAUAACUGGUACUGAAUUCGUUACUGUGGCACAACUAAAUCCUGGAACUGGAUACACAUUCAGUGUGUUCACACUGGCGGCAGAUAAUACAUCAGCAGAUCCAGUCUAUGUCUCUUCUACUACAGUUCCUUCAAAGCCUGGAGCCAUUACCGUGAUGGCCGUAAGCAACAUUUCCAUCUCCUUGAGCUUAGGGAGACCCGUGGACAUGGGGGUCACCCAGUACAACUUCAGCAUCAUGUACGGGACUGCCAGCCGUUCUGAUGUUUCCUUCAAUGAAAUUACAAAUUCCACCAAAAUCCAAGAUCUGCAGUCUGGAACCAAUUACACCAUUUCUGUGACCACUGUUGUUCAAGGUGGAUUGAAGAGUGAAGCUGUGGUUCUAAAUCAGUUUACAAAACCGAAUCCUGUGAACAAUGCCAUUGCUUCAAGUCGCAACACCACUUCAGUUACUCUGAGUUGGGACAAACCGCUCGACUCCAAGCCUGAGUAUACCUAUAAGGUGACACUGAGUGGACAUCUCCCAAUUAUGAUAACUGGUACUGAAUUCGUUACUGUGGCACAACUAAAUCCUGGAACUGGAUACACAUUCAGUGUGUUCACACUGGCGGCAGAUAAUACAUCAGCAGAUCCAGUCUAUGUCUCUUCUACUACAGUAGAAGACAAAUUAGCUAGUUGUGGACUCAACAAUGUGGUAAAGGAAGCAGCUCAUGCGUUCUCCAACCUAUCAUUAUCCAAUUACUUGCUUCUGACAGUUCCUUCAAAGCCUGGAGCCAUUACCGUGAUGGCCGUAAGCAACAUUUCCAUCUCCUUGAGCUUAGGGAGACCCGUGGACAUGGGGGUCACCCAGUACAACUUCAGCAUCAUGUACGGGACUGCCAGCCGUUCUGAUGUUUCCUUCAAUGAAAUUACAAAUUCCACCAAAAUCCAAGAUCUGCAGUCUGGAACCAAUUACACCAUUUCUGUGACCACUGUUGUUCAAGGUGGAUUGAAGAGUGAAGCUGUGGUUCUAAAUCAGUUUACAAAGCCUAAUGAAGUGCAGAAUGUGACUGUGGUGACUGUCACCACCAACUUCAUAAUCCUGCAAUGGAUGAAGCCAGUGGAUCAUAAAGAAGGAUAUCGGUACAUGAUACUGACCGAGGGAAACCCACCCCCGAUCGAUAAUUAUGGAAAUAUUACUGUAGAAUUUGAGAAUGCUACCAUAAAAAAUCUGACAUCUGGAACCGAAUACAGUUUUUCCAUUACGACAUUUGUCGCAGAUGGAACUCGAGCAAAUCCAGUAAAAAGCUUGAGCUACACAAAACCUGUACAGAUACCAGAAGCAAACAUCAACGUGAGUAGCAAUGGGACAGUGGACACAUUGUUAGUCUCCUGGAUUAAACCUUCUGGCAACGUGGAGAUGUACUUCAUCGUUGUUGAAGACGUGAAAAUGUCAUCAAAGAUAAUCGAGAGUACUAAUAUCACGUCUACAGUAAAAUUCCCUGGUCUUCGACCUGGCCAGGUGUACAACGUGUCGGUGAUUACAAACAGCGGUCCUUUCAAUGUAACCUCUGAAAACGUGCAGGGUAUAACAGAUCCCAACCCUCCAGGACUGAUCACAGUGACCAACAUCAGCAACAGUUUCAUCUCGCUGAUGUGGGAUGCACCUUUGGAUAUGGAUGACGGAAGUUAUACCUUCAAAAUAACUUACAAAAAUGGUUCUGCUGAAAUGUUUAUGACAGUAAAUUCCAGAUCAGCAAUAAUUCCAAACCUUGUUUCUGGAACCAACUAUACCAUUUGUGUGGCCACUAUUGGACCGGGGAAAUUGCUGAGUGAAAGUGUAUCGACAUUUCAAUUCACCAAACCAAAUAUGGUGAGCAACAUACAAAUUGUUAAGGUUGAUACCACCUCUGUAACUUUGAAUUGGACACAACCAAUAGAAUAUAAAGAUACCUAUUCAUAUCUGGUAUUGACGAAAGAAAGUUUGAAACCUGCCAACACUCAAAAUGUAACUGUAAAUAUUGAAAAUGCGACUCUGACAGACCUGACCCCUGGAAUCAACUACACCUUCACAAUUAUAACACAGGUAGCCAACAUCCAGGCGGAUGGCGUAGAGAUAUCCAGCUACACGCAACCUGAACAGAUACCAGAAGCAAACAUCACUGUGAGUAACAAUGGAACAGUGGACACGUUGUUAGUCUCCUGGAAUAAACCAGCUGGCAACGUAGAGAUGUACUUCGUUGUUGUUGAAGACGUGAUAAAUUUGGAAAAGAAAAUCGAGAGUACCAAUGUCACGUCUACGGUAGAAUUCCCUGGUCUUCGACCUGGCCGGGUGUACAAUGUCUCAGUGAUUACAAACAGCGGACCGUUUAAUGUAACCUCUGGGAAUGUGCAGGGCAUAACAGAACCAAAUAUGGUGAGCAACAUACAAAUUGUUAAGGUUGAUACCACCUCUGUAACUUUGAAUUGGACACAACCAAUAGAAUAUAAAGAUACCUAUUCAUAUCUGGUAUUGACGAAAGAAAGUUUGAAACCUGCCAACACUCAAAAUGUAACUGUAAAUAUUGAAAAUGCGACUCUGACAGACCUGACCCCUGGAAUCAACUACACCUUCACAAUUAUAACACAGGUAGCCAACAUCCAGGCGGAUGGCGUAGAGAUAUCCAGCUACACGCAACCUGAACAGAUACCAGAAGCAAACAUCACCGUGAGUAACAAUGGAACAGUGGACACGUUGUUAGUCUCCUGGAAUGAACCAGCUGGCAACGUAGAGAUGUACUUCGUUGUUGUUGAAGACGUGAUAAAUUUGGAAAAGAAAAUCGAGAGUACCAAUGUCACGUCUACGGUAGAAUUCCCUGGUCUUCGACCUGGCCGGGUGUACAAUGUCUCAGUGAUUACAAACAGUGGACCGUUUAAUGUAACCUCUGGGAAUGUGCAGGGCAUAACAGAACCAAAUAUGGUGAGCAACAUACAAAUUGUUAAGGUUGAUACCACCUCUGUAACUUUGAAUUGGACACAACCAAUAGAAUAUAAAGAUACCUAUUCAUAUCUGGUAUUGACGAAAGAAAGUUUGAAACCUGCCAACACUCAAAAUUUAACUGUAAAUAUUGAAAAUGCGACUCUGACAGACCUGACACCUGGAAUCAACUACACCUUCACAAUUAUAACACAGGUAGCCAACAUCCAGGCGGAUGGCGUAGAGAUAUCCAGCUACACGCAACCUGAACAGAUACCAGAAGCAAACAUCACUGUGAGUAACAAUGGAACAGUGGACACGUUGUUAGUCUCCUGGAAUGAACCAGCUGGCAACGUAGAGAUGUACUUCGUUGUUGUUGAAGACGUGAUAAAUUUGGAAAAGAAAAUCGAGAGUACCAAUGUCACGUCUACGGUAGAAUUCCCUGGUCUUCGACCUGGCCGGGUGUACAAUGUCUCAGUUAUUGCAAACAGCGGACCGUUUAAUGUAACCUCUGGGAAUGUGCAGGGCAUAACAGUUCCAAACCCUCCUGGUGCUAUCAGUGUGUUGAACUUCAAUACCAGUUCUAUCUCAUUAAACUGGGGAGCACCUGCUGAUAUGGAUGACGGAUGUUGUUCCUUCAACAUAACCUACACCAAUGGUUCUACUACAGAGACUGUAAAUGCACCUACAAACGCCACCACAAUUCAAAACCUAAUUUCUGGGACGGAAUACACAAUUUAUGUGGCUACUGUUGGACCUGGACAACUGCUGAGUCUAAAUCAGUCGAUCAAGCACUUUACCAAGCCAAACCCCAUUCGGAACUUGCGAAUACUGAUAUUUAGUACAAGCAGCAUUACCCUAAAAUGGACAGGACCACAGGAAUAUAAAGAAGAAUACACAUAUAGAGUGGUGACAGAGGGAAGCCCAGCACCCACAAAUGGCAAUGGAAAUAAAACCACAAAUGAUAACAAUGUGACUGUGGAGGGACUGACAUCUGGAACCAACUACAGCUUUUCUGUUACCACACUUGCCGAGGAUGGUACUCCAGCAGAAUCUGUCGAUAUAGCCGACUACACAGAACCUGUGAAAAUACCAUCUGAAAACAUCUCUCUGAGCAAUGAGAACAGAACUGAUACAUUAAAAGUUUCCUGGAUCCUCCCACCAGGAGGCGUUGAAAAUUUCACAGUUGAAAUAAAAGAUAGAGGAGGAUACCACAAAGCAAACACUGUGGGACAUUCAGUAACCGAACUGGUAUUCAGUGACCUACGGCCUGGAAGGUUGUACAUUGUAACAGUGGCAACAAUUAGUGGGCCUCAUCAGAUAACCUCAGAUAAUGUUUCUGAAGCCACAUUACCUUCACCACCCGGAAGCAUAGUAGUGACCGAUGUCACUAAUUCAUCCCUUCAGUUUAGAUGGGAUAGACCAGAAAACAUGGAUAUAGGAGAAUACACAUUUAUUGUUAGUUACCAAACGGCUCGAGCACCAAACAGUAAACAUUUUGAUGAAGAGGACAAUAACUCUACUAUAUCUAACCUUGCCUCUGGAACCAAGUACACCAUAACUGUUCUUACCACUAUUCCUCAGAAUCUGAGCAGCACCAUUAUGAGAAAAUCCAUCUACACAAAACCAAAUCCUGUCAAGAACAUUCGUGUUUCCAAAACAAACAGCAUCUCAAUAAAUCUCAUCUGGGAUCGGCCAGUUGGGUACCAGCGUGAGUACAAUUACACAGUGCAAACACAUGGAAAUACAUCUUCCGCUCAAGUGGUCAGUGAUGAAAACCUACUUGUUGAUGGCCUGAACUCGGGAGAUAACUUCACAUUCACCAUCAUCACCCUGGCAGCAGAUGGCACCCAAAGCAAUCCCGUCAAUUUGUCCCAGUGCACAGAUGCGGCUGCAAUUAGUUCUUCUUCUCUGAGCUGUGAAGGAGUGAACCGCAGGCCUGUGCUUAAUCUGACGUGGAUAUGUCCAAGUGGACUGAACACCGGCUUUACACUCCAAGCAAAACAGAGCUCUGACGUUGUAAUAAAUGGAAGCAGUGCAGCGUGUAUUUCAAAUAAAGAGCAUCAAUACAACCUGAGCAAUGUUGAAUUCUUCACAACCUAUAUUGUCAGCAUCACCACCAUGUCAUGUGGUUUGCCAAGUACACCAGUCAGUAUAAACUGUACAUCUGACAUUACUGUUCCUCCGCGACCUCUUAAUAAAUUAGAAUUAUCAAAUCUUGAUAUAUCCCACAAUUCAGUGCGGUUCAAUAUCAGAAGGGAUGCAUUUAAUUCUACCAGCGGUCCAAUUUUGAUAAUUGCAGUGAUUGUUACAAAAGGUGAAAAUGAAAAUGCUCCUAAAGACAACGAUCUGGCAACAGCAUAUAGCAGUGGUAUAUUAACCUAUGUGACACUAGUGAUAGACUUGCGAACUGCUCCUCAAAAUACCAGACUAGAUGCUCAGACAGAUCCCAUCUCCAUCAAUGUAGGAAAUAAUAGUAAAAGUAUGGGCUAUGUAAACCAGGAACUAACUCCUUUGACUGGUUAUCGACUUAGUUUGGCUGGAUUUACAGAAGUACAAUAUAAUAAGGAGAACAAAAUUGAUCCAAACAAAUCCUUAUAUUCAAGAUAUGCUUAUUCGGAGAUGAUUACAAUGAAGCAAAAUCCAGGUGUCAUUAUUGGAGCUGUGGUUGGAACUAUCCUGGGUGCACUUGUUAUACUUUUCCUGGCAAUACUGCUUAUUUGGUGGAAGAAACGAACAAAGUCGAACAACAAGAAUUUAACCCAACUUCCAAUCCCAAAUAUGAGGGUAGCAAGAAAUGCCAUCAAUGUGGAUUACUUUGAAGGAUAUUUCAGCAAGCAACAUGCUGACUCUGAUUGCGGAUUUGCUGAAGAGUAUGAGGAACUAAAGACAGUCGGAACAUUGCAGUCAACACAAGUCUCCCAGCAACCUUUGAACAAGCCUAAGAAUCGUUACAAUAAUGUUUUGCCUUAUGAUAACAGUCGAGUUAAACUCUCUGUCACUUCAGAUCCAUCCAGUGAUUUCAUCAAUGCUAAUUUCAUGCCUGGAUACCACUCGAGGAAAGAGUUCAUUGCUGCACAAGGGCCAUUGAUGAAUACAGUGAGCGAUUUCUGGAGAAUGAUUUGGGAAAAACGUGUACCAGCUGUUAUCAUGCUUACCAAGUGUGUAGAGCAAGGAAGGGCAAAAUGUGAGCAGUACUGGCCAACUGAACGUCCACUCAUUUUUGAAGACAAGAUUGUUACUCUGACAUCAGAAGUCAUUUAUCAAGAUUGGACCAUCAGGGACUUCUCACUGGUAAAGGAUAAAUCUGGAGAGAAAAACCAUGUCAAGCAAUUCCACUUUACAGGCUGGCCUGACCAUGGCGUUCCGAGCACUACCGGGAUCCUCAUCAAGUUCAGGAACCUAGUGCGGGAUUACAUCAAUCAGCACCCAGUGAGUGGGCCUACUGUCGUGCACUGCAGUGCUGGAGUUGGUCGAACAGGAACAUUCAUUUCCAUCGAUAAUAUGAUUCAGCAGAUAGACAACAACAGAAAGGUCGAUAUCUGGGGUACAGUUUAUCAGCUCAGAAUGAACCGACCACUGAUGGUGCAAACUGAGUCUCAGUAUGUUUUCCUGAACCAGUGCGCCAUGGAGUAUAUCAAAUCAAGCAAUCAGCACUCCGAAGAGGCAAUCUACGAAAACGCACCUGCCCUCAUCUAUGAGAAUACGUCUGCCAUCCGAGCUGCCCAAGCAAGCAAUGGCCACCUACUUUAAUGGAAAUGACCCUGGAGCCUCCUUUUUAAAUUUAACUCCACCUUUUUUUAAUUUAAUUUUGUAAAUUGUAAAUGGACUUUAUUUUUUAGAAAGAUUGUAUAUUCAUUUGGUAAGAUACAUUUAGAAGUUCCUUUUAUUGCUGAAUUACUAUUUUUUCAAACACAUAUCUAUUCUGGUACAAUAGCUGGGCAGUGCUCAGCCACUGCAGGAAAUCUUUGCCAAUUGUUCCUGAACUUCAGGAAUGCCUUCAAAUCUUUGAGAAUCCCUGCAUAAUUCAUUGCAAAUUGUGAGUCCUUUUGAGCUUUCUUCACUGAUGAUUCCUCAUUUGAGUUCAUUCUCUCGUUUCAUGACAAAUGUGACCUAUUCAAGGUAAUGCCAAUUGGUGUGUGAAGCAGUCAUUGUUUUCAACAAUGUUGCCAAGGUAUCCAACCUUCCCAUAUUUCUGUCAGCUAUAUAAACUUGUAUUUAAAAUCGCUGAACAGAAAUAUUUGAGGCUUAACUACUCAUGACAUCAUAUUCAUAAAGAAACACUUGUAAAUAUUGCCAGAAUCCGGCACAAACUUGUUUCCAGAAAUGAUUCAUAAAAUCUGAUACUUUAAUAAGAAUCAUAAAAAAAUCUGAAAUUAUAAAUAAAGUAUUAUGUAGGGUUAUUGCUUUCUUCAAGCUCAUCCCACAGAUUAAUUAAGAACCAUUUAUGUAGUAUUGUUGCAUAAAGUGAAGCUGGUUCAUUCAGCAAAACCACCUUUGCAUGAAUGUUUAAUUCUGCUGGUUUCAGGUUCCAGAGAGAAAUGAUAUUUAGCCUCUAUGGUAGUGCUGAAAUUAAUAUACAAUCAGCUUACAGGAUGUUAACCAAAACCGGGCUUCUCAAACAGUGACUAUAAAGUAUGUCCUGUCAGAGAAGGCACUGCGUAUAGAUGUACUGAGCCUAUAACAGACAAAACAGUGAAAAAAGUUGGCUUAAAGUGGGGAGAAAUUAUCUUCCAUGUGAGUGUACUCACUAUACUGAAUGACAAAUUGGAUAUCAAGUUCUUUAUGGAAUUAAAUGUUUAAGGCGAUGCAUAAUCAAAGUUUUUUUUUCUGUAAUAUUGUCAUUGCCAUAAGCAGUGACGCAUAUCCUAAUCUAGCCGAGGUUCUGUAAAGAAUCUCUCUUGAAUUGGUCAAUCUUAAGAAAUGCAGAGGUGUGGUUCUGUCUCUGAGUUGCACUGAGGAACAAAGGGAAGUCUCUCUCGGUGAUGGCAGUCCGUCACUCCGAGACGGAUACGCAUUCAAUAUCUGUUCCAUACCUAGUUAUUUUAAAGCUCGUGUUUAAAUCUGAUUUGAUCUAAUAUUUGUAGUGGAAAGUUAAUUAAAUCUCUCUUGGUAUAAGUAAAUUUUAUAUCCUUUUGCUAAAUAUUUGUAACCAGAUUUGGAAGCUUAUUUACUUUCAAACUACUUUAAAUACAACCAUAAUAUAUUUGCUGGACUUAAUCCUGAAUAACCAGGAGAGGAAGUCAGUGCACUCCAGCCAAGUAUUUUCCAAUGAACUUGUUUUGAAUUCAAGACCAUCAUUGUAACUGGUGUAUUGAUUCAUUCUCUUAUUAGAAACUGCAUCGAUUGGAGCAGGAUUGUUACGUGGUUUUAUAUGGUGAUCACGUCUUUGUGAAACACUACCUGAGGAUUCAGUUUUGCUGUAACCAUGCGCACCAGGGUUUCCUUAAGUCUGGCAGGGAAUCCCAUGUUCAGCAGAAACAGCACAUCAUGUCUGUCAAAUAGAUUUUCAUUUCUCGUCUCUCAUAGGGAGUGUCACUGACGAAACUUGUCAUGAUUAGUAUAGAUGAGCUGUUUGAUUUUUCUCUGGGGGGGGCAAAAUAAUUGAGAAACCCAAGUCCAAACAAGAAAGUUUUUAGCAUAAAGUAAAGAUCCACAACACUGCACCAAGUUCAAACUCAAAAAAAUGCAAACACAAUCAAUGUAUGCAUUUGGAUAUUAAAACAUUGAUGACAAACCAUUUUUACAUUAGGUGAUAAGGGAAUGUGGUGAUUGUAUUACUAUAUACUUUUGGAGCUGACUUAAUUUCCAUUAAAACUGUUAAAACCAUGUACACUCAGAAGUGAAUUUUUAAUAUUUGAUUUAUAACUGCGAAGGAAUUAGUUAUUAAGGAUCACAGGGUCAUUAUUUUUAUAUUAUGCCAUAUGUGAAGGGGGAUAGUAGGAUGGGGAGGCCAGUUAUAUCUGGCCAAAGGUACAAUAGCUGUUCACUCUCAGGGACUCCAAGGCUCCCCCUCUCCAUGUGAAAAUUGGGCCAAAUCCAAUACAGGGAUCUCGUCAUGAUGGCCAAAAAAAUCCUUCUGAAGAAUAUUUUUUAGCUAGACAUAUCUAACUAUAUAAUUUAACAUUUAUUAUUCCUCCUUGUCGAAUGCUUUGGAGAACUACAACUUAUUGAUUUUUAUAAGCACUUUAGCUGGUGAAUGUUUAGUGUGUGCAGGCAUCUGAUUUAAAUCAAUCGCCACCUUGUGAUGCAUGAACGGGUAUCCAUGGCAUGCUUAACAGAGCUGAUUUUGUGCAUCCAUGUGUCAUGUCUGUUUUGUACUCUCCUCCACCAUUUCUCCCUUUCCCAUUUGGACAUUUUGUAAUGCAGGUUCUAUGCAGAUACAAUUCUUUUCAGUGUGUAUCUUCUAAACUGAUCAGUGAAUAUUAUCAUUAUUUUAAAGAAUGUUUUUACCUCGUCUAACUCUUGUAUUUGUUGUGGUCCCUAAUGUCAGCUACUGACGAGAAAUUACUGAACACAAUGUCAGACCUCGAAGUUGUUACUUGGGUCACAGGAGUAUAAUGGCUAUCCUAUUCUGUGGCAUUUUGUUUUCAUCUAAAUCAUUCUCCUGAAGAAAGUUAACAGCAAAGCUGUAGGCACUUUCCAUGCUUGGAAAUCACAUCCUAACGGCCAUUCCAUCUGACUGAGUCCAGGUAGAAGUUAUACUUGAACGGUUUUUGUUUUGAGUUUAUUUAUAUUUCAUAUUCACGUGCGAUUUGUUUCCGAAGAAAGUCACCCGUGCAUCCCCACAUGCCCGCCCUGACCUCCACCCUCAGCACCAGCCCAGCUACGAGGAGACCUGAACUGUUUUUGUCUGCAAUCUGUUAACAUAUGUUAGUCUAGGCCCUUCCAAUUAUGUAUGGCUGUGUGCUGGCCUAAGUGAAGCACAAUGAUCUCUUGGUAAUUUUUACGUAGUUUUGCAAUUCUGGACCUGUAGCCCCCAGCAGAGAUUGAAGCUACCAUGGGCGCUCUUUUGUCAUCUAUUUUCAGUGCCACUGUUUCAGUCCUUCCUGAGCUUCUGGAGAGUUUAAGAUACAGCUAAUUCCUCUACCUUAAAGCUUGAGGAAUGGCAAAUGCAUCAAAGGUCCCCAUUCACUCUACUGAAGUACACCUUCUGUCAGCUGAUAGCAUUGUCAUUUGGUGAGGAUAGAAUUAAAAUGCACCGUGCUUGACGAGCCUUUCGUGGGGAAGUAACAGAGUGAAAAGAACAUGAAGUAUUUUCUGACGUGAUAUGUUUCCAUCUCCAUUACAACUCAACAGAACAGCGGCGCUCUUCUGAUUUUUGCUGUCGUUUUAAAUGUAGAAAAACCUGUCUGCCUUUGGCACAAAGUUUUACAAGGGUAGAAGUGAUCAGGGGUAUAGGGAUAGAGCACAGUGUUGAAUAAGAACUAUGAGUAUUAACACUGCAGGGAGGUAGAAAUAAGGAAGCAAGAAACUGUAAGCAAUAGCACUUUCUAUCAAUUGUUUAACUAGAAGGAUCAAAUUUAAAUUAGAUAUGUGUAUGUAUAUAAGGAUGUAUAUCAGAUAAUAUGUAGCACUGUGUUGUUGAAUUGCACUGGAUGCAUCUGGAGGAAAUCAAUUUAUCCUGUCUGUUCACUGACUCACUGAGAUGUAAUUUUAUCAGAUGUAGAGUAAUAUUUUUCAUUGUGAUUAUCCGAUACGCCUCCAAUGUCAUUUUGAUCUUGCUAUGUUACAAUGAUGUAAAAAUCCUGUUUUAUAAGUGACAUAAUGAAUAAUUUUGCUAUUAAAAUGAUCUUUUUAUUCUGUGA